UUCACUGGGUGAACCUCACGGGGAGCUGCUCUCUCAGGAGCACCAGGCACACCCACACCUGCAGAACCUGAGGGACAGGAGGAGGAACAGCACGGGCACAGCUUCUGGUGGUCACAUCUGCCUUGGCCUGGGAAGGGACCAGGCUGGGGGGAGGUCUCUGGCCCCCUGCCACCACCCCAAACCAGCCUCCUGGACCACACCAAGCUGGUUGGGAGACCCUCAGUGACCCCAGCCAGCAAAACCCCUUCCCCUUGUGAAGCAGGGACUGACAAGUUCUGGUUCCUGCGCCUUCCCAACCUCACAGGGCUGGAGUUGGACCUGUGUGUUCUGCUCCUCAGGGGUGAUGGGGAGGCUGCUCGUGGGCUUCUGCCUGGCCUGGGUUUGGCCACCACCCUGGCCAGCUGCUCCAAAGCAGCCCAGCCUUUGCUGGGAGCCAGUUUUGGGGUCAGGAGGCAGGUUUUUCCCAGGCUGUUCCCACCACCAUCCCUCUCCCAACCACUGGUGCCAGCAGGGCUUGGCAGACAAGCCAGGGGAGAUUUCCCUGGAGGACAGUCCCACAGCCCUCAGGCUGCUUCCCAAGCAACCCCCCAAAUCUUUGGGAUGCUGCCUCCAGCCUUUCUCCCAUUGGACAGAAGACUUCAAUAACACACAUCCAUUGCACCUGACCCAUGAGAAACACAAAAGGCACGAUUCAAAUCUGCUCCCAGCUCAUUCUUCAGGGCUUAGUGGUGGAGAGGACAUCACAGGGCAGGAGUAAAACAAGGCUGGGCUUUGCCAGCCACCUCAUGAAGUCAUUGCAUCCCUCUCCAGCAGGUUGUUAGCCCAUGAUUACUCCUUACCCCGGGUGUAAAGGCAAACCUGCUCUCCUGCUCUGAGGCCUGGUUGCUGCAGGAGUUAAUCAUUCCCCUCUCCCAGCCCCACCAAGUUGAGGAGCAGCUCUGGCCUCUCCUCCCAGAGGAUGCUCAGAAAUUCCUCUGCUGAAGCCAGUUGGAGCCAGGCAAGCUCCACCCAGCAGCAGUAAUUAGCAGGCAAAUUCAUUAGCUGGGGCGUGGUGUCACUCGGGCAGGGCUGCUGGUCAUUCACAGCGUUCCUGGGAACCACCUCGGAGAGGUCCCACCUGGGAAAAGGUCUUCUCCUGGUCCAGCUGCCAGCCCAAAGUUCUGCCAGCUGAUUUCUCCUGCAGGGCAGGGUGACGAAGCCCAGCAGAACAUCACAACACGUGCCUGCCUGGCACGAGGUGUCAGGUGAUGUAUCCAAAGGGGUUUUGUUCAGGUCCAGGAGAAACAGGAAAGAGCUGGUGCUGGGGGAACUGCUGCUCUGAAGGAGGGCAAAGCUCAGGCUGAGAGAGGAGAAGCUCCCACGCCACCCAGCAGCCUCAUCAUACCUGGCAAGCCAAGCCACCAGGAGAGGUGACAGCCUGCCAGCACAGCCCCAGGGGACACAGCCAGCCAGGAACAUGGUGGCUUCCCACCCCAGGUUGUCCAGGAGCACAGUGGCUUCCCCACCCCAGGUUGUCCAGGAACAUGGUGGCUUCCCACCCCAGGUUGUCCAGGAACACAGUGGCUUCCCCACCCCAGGUUGUCCAGGAAGACAGUGGCUUCCCCCCCCAGAUUGUCCAGGAGCACAGUAGCUUUCCACCCCAGGCUGUCCAGGAGCACAGUGGCUUUCCACCCCAGAUUGUCCAGGAGCACAGUGGCUUUCCACCCCAGGUUGUCCAGGAGCACAGUAGCUUUCCACCCCAGGUUGUCCAGGAAGACAGUGGCUUCCCACCCCAUGUUGUCCAGGAAGACAGUGGCUUCCCCCCCCAGAUUGUCCAGGAGCACAGUAGCUUUCCACCCCAGGUUGUCCAGGAAUAUGGUGGCUUUCCACUCCAGGUUGUCCAGGAAUAUGGUGGCUUCCCACCCCAGAUUGUCCAGGAAUAUGGUGGCUUCCCACCCCAGGUUGUCCAGGAGCACAGUGGCUUCCCACCCCAGGUUGUCCAGGAGCACAGUAGCUUUCCAUCCCAGGUUGUCCAGGAGCACAGUGCCUUCCCCCCCCAGGUUGUCCAGGAGCACAGUGGCUUUCCACCCCAGAUUGUCCAGGAAUAUGGUGGCUUCCCACCCCAGGUUGUCCAGGAACAUGGUGGCUUCCCACCCCAGGUUGUCCAGGAGCACAGUGGCUUCCCACCCCAGGUUGUCCAGGAACACGGUGGCUUCCCACCCCAGGUUGUCCAGGAAGACAGUGGCUUCCCACCCCAGGUUGUCCAGGAGCACAGUGGCUUCCCACCCCAGGUUGUCCAGGAAUAUGGUGGCUUUCCACCCCAAGGCUGUCCAGGAACACAGUGGUUUUCCAUCCCAGGUUGUCCAGGAACAUGGUGGCUUCCCACCCCAAGGCUGUCCAGGAGCACAGUGGCUUCCCACCCCAGGUUGUCCAGGAAUAUGGUGGUUUCCCACCCCAGGUUGUCCAGGAGCACAGUAGCUUUCCAUCCCAUGUUGUCCAGGAACACAGUGGCUUCCCCCCCCAGGUUGUCCAGGAGCACAGUAGCUUUCCAUCCCAGGUUGUCCAGGAGCACAGUGGCUUUCCCACCCCAGGUUGUCCAGGAACACGGUGGCUUUCCCAUCCCAGGUUGUCCAGGAAGACAGUGGCUUUCCACCCCAGGUUGUCCAGGAGCACAGUAGCUUUCCAUCCCAUGUUGUCCAGGAACACAGUGGCUUCCCCCCCCAUGUUGUCCAGGAGCACAGUGGCUUCCCACCCCAGAUUGUCCAGGAAGACUGUGGCUUUCCAUCCCAGAUUGUCCAGGAAGACAGUGGCUUCUCACCCCAGGUUGUCCAGGAAUAUGGUGGCUUUCCCACCCCAGGUCCUCAUCAGACACCUCUGGCUGCCCGGGUUGACCAGCAGCCACAGGUUGCUCGGUCACCCUCAGAAAGGAAGAAGAAGAAUCCCCUAAAUGCUCCUUUUCUGCUCGAAUUUCAACUUUGGGGCCAAAAGCUCCAUCAGUUGGAAAAACCCAGCGAGCCUCAGUCCAGGUUUGCACCGCGUGGAGGGUGGUGGAGCCACCCAAAGCUGCUGUGAAGGGUGGGUUUGGAGAUGGAGGGCAGCUGGUUGGCCCAAGAAGGAGGACACCCAACCCCAGGCCAGGAAGGAGGUGGCCACGGGGACCAUUUCUUUUCCAAGCUGGCAUGAUGUGUUAGCUGGGGAGGGCAGAGACUGCAGGAGAGGGAAGGUGUCCACCUGGUUCCUCAAGAGCAGCAGGACAGCUCUCCUCGAGGUUGGACGUGGGUGGCAGAGUGAGCCAAGGCUCUGUCUCGGCUUCUUCCUCCCGUGCAGCAGGUUGGAGAAGAGCAGCUGCUGCUCCCUAGCCAGCCCAUAACCCACCACCCAGUGAAGACCUUGCUUGGAGCCCCUCUUUGCCAGCUUGUCCCCAGGUGCGUUUGGCCACGGGGAUCCUGCUCUUGCCUGCUGCAAGGCCGAGCAUCUACAGGAGCUCUUCUUCCAGCCUCUCCAUCCAGGGAGACAGAUGCUGAUGGGUCACCAGGGAGCUGCAUCCUCCAGGAGAGGCCCUGCCAAGAGAGAUCCUAUGGGGUGUGUCCCCUGUUUGGGCCAGGAACGGGGCAUCUGGGUGGUGAGGGAGACAUGGAGACAGCCCAGCUUCUCUCAGCUGCAGGAAGCUUCAGGCUUUGGAACAGUUCCACCUAAAGCACUUAAGGACCAUGAAAGCUGAGCAGGCAAGGAGGCAGCUCAGCUUGCCAGGAAACCACAGCAACUGCAGCUUUGUUGGAUCUGGUGGCCUUGGCUUCUCCACCACGGUCAUUUCAGAGCUUUGCCUUUUAGCUGUUGGUGCUGCUGGGCCCUGCUUGUCUCCCCUGGGUCCUUCCUCUUCUCACAGCUGCUUUUGUACCAUCACCACCACCAACCUGACACCAAGAAGGGGACACAGCAGGAGGUGGGCAGGCAGCAAAGGGCCAGCCCAUCAUCCAGCUCCUGCUGCUGCUGCUACCAGGGUUACAGGGCACUAGGAAGCAGGUGGAGCUCCUGGAGAGGGUCCAG